ACUUUAUCCACAAAAAGAUCUUUGUGUCUUUGGCCUUCACUGUCACAGUCCUGGGUCAAGUCAAUUACUCAGUACCAUGUGGUAUAAUACACUACCGUUACUUCUACUAAAACUGAAGAUAUUUUUGUGUUCCUGUUCCUAGUUUUUCAGACUUGGAAUCUUGUUGCCGGAAAAACCUGAACUAACUAGGAAAAAAAAAUGAUGUUGUAUGCCACAGAGGUUUUGGGCAAUUUCUCGGUGACACUGUACAGAAUCAGAGAGACCCAUUUAUCAAAUUCAAUGGCAGUGUCCACCAACUAUCUCAGAAUCCCAGUUCUAAAUCUUGUUUCCAGAAACAAACCCACUUCUCAUAUCACACGCAUGACGUGUUGUUGCAGCGUUGAAGCCAAGUCGGUUGGAGUCGGUGGCGACGUGUUCUCUGUCACAUCGUCUAGCAAGUCUGAUGUUGAUUAUUUGGGAGAGAGUACCAAAGGGGAUUUGAAUCUCAAGCAAGAGCAUCUUCAGGCUUUUGGAAUUGAUAGUCAGACAACCUUAGAAGGUCCAAUUGAGCAAGUAGCUAGAGUGGAAGCUGAAGAAGCUGAGAAUUUGCUUAGAGACUUGGGUAUUCCGAGCCCCUCUUCAUCAAGACAUUCACCUCGUGGUAUAUUUUGUAGUCGUACUUUGAAUCUCCGAUCAAUCAGUGCCAUUGGCUAUGACAUGGACUACACCUUAAUGCAUUAUAAUGUGAUGGCUUGGGAAGGUCGGGCAUAUGACUACUGUAUGGAAAAUUUAAAGAACAUGGGUUAUCCUGUUGAUGGACUUGCAUUUGACCCAGACUUGGUGAUUAGAGGCCUUGUCAUAGACAAAGAGAGUGGUAACUUGGUUAAGGCUGAUCGAUUUGGUUAUGUAAAGAGGGCUAUGCAUGGCACCAAAAUGCUAUCCACUCGGGCUGUAAGUGAGAUGUAUGGGAGGGAACUGGUGGAUCUGCGGAAGGAGAAUCGAUGGGAGUUCCUGAAUACGCUAUUCUCUGUUUCAGAGGCUGUGGCUUAUAUGCAGAUGGUUGACAGAUUGGAUGAUGGAGCUAUAAGUGCAGAACUUGGUCCUCUUGAUUACAAAGGGCUUUAUAAGGCUGUUGGAAAAGCCCUCUUUAGGGCACAUGUUGAAGGUCAACUUAAGAGUGAGAUAAUGUCUAAGCCUGAACUGUUUGUUGAACCGGAUCCAGAGCUGCCUUUGGCACUUUUGGACCAAAAGGAGGCUGGUAAAAAGAUCUUGCUUAUUACCAACUCAGAUUAUCAUUAUACAGACAAAAUGAUGCAGCAUUCCUUUAACAGAUUUCUUCCCAACGAUAUGGGUUGGCGAGAUCUAUUUGAUAUUGUAAUAGUCUCAGCAAGGAAGCCAGAAUUCUUCCAAAUGUCACACCCGAUGCAUGAGGUGGUAACAGAGGAGGGCCUUAUGCGUCCAUGCUUCAAGGCUCGUACAGGGGGUUUGUAUUCAGGAGGCAGUGCUCAAAUGGUUGAGAAUUCUUUAGACAUCCAUGGAGAUGAGAUAUUAUAUGUUGGUGACCACAUUUACACUGAUGUAAGUCAAUCCAAAGUUCAUCUGCGAUGGCGAACUGCACUAAUUUGUCGAGAAUUGGAAGAAGAGUAUAGUGCUUUGAUUCGUAGCCGGGGUCGUAGAGCAUCACUAAUAGAGCUUAUAAAUCAAAAGGAGGUUGUAGGCGAUCUUUUUAACCAACUUCGGCUUGCUCUCCAAAGGCGAACAAGAGAACGUCCUGCUCAAACCCUUGCUGCAACUAGCAUGGAUGAUCAAGAACUGACAGAAAGCAUGCAAAAGCUACUUAUUGUUAUGCAAAGACUAGAUGAAAAAAUAGCUCCAAUGCUAGAAGCAGAUGGGGAGCUCUUCAACAAAAGGUGGGGGUACCUUUCACGUGCAGGGCUGUGGGAUAAAAGCCAUUUGAUGAGACAAAUUGAGAAGUACGCUGAUAUAUAUACCUCUAGGGUCUCAAACUUCUUACACUAUACACCAUUCAUGUAUUUCCGUUCACAGGAACAGACGCUUGCUCAUGAUGCCUAUUCACAACAUGAUUCGCAGCUUGAUGAUGGUGAUGCCUAUUCACAACACAAUUCGCAGCUCAGUGGGAAAAUCAUCGACAAUUAACACAAACCUUAUGUUGUAAAAUAGUAGGGUAUUUUGUUGGCUUCAUUGUUGUUGAUGGCAAAUGGAUAUGACGGUAGAAGCUAUCAUUUUUAAGUUGACAAGACAAUGCUGUCUCGGACACUGUUCUGUACAAUGGCUAAUGGUAACAUGGUAAAUAAGGUUACUAAGGUAUGGCCUUGCUUCCUUUUUUCUUUUCUUUUUUUGAGGAACAUAUGGCUUUGCUAUUUACCUACGCCAAAUGCCAUAUAUUCUAGUAUAUUGCUGAGUGAUAAAGAUGGAUAUUAGAGGAGGUUUUCGGUUUUA